AUGACUGUGCUUAGAGAAGUUGGAGUUGUUCAACCCAGCCUACAGAUAGUGAUUAUGAUAUAUAUUGGGGAUAAGGAUGAGCAAGUGCAAAAUGUGCAUGAGGAUGAGAAAGUGUAUAAUGGGGAUAAGGAUGAGCAAGUGUAUAAUGGGGAUGAGGAAGUGUAUAAUGAGGAUGAGGAAGUGGUAAGUGAGGAUGAGGAAAGCGAGGAUGAUGAAACUAAUGAUCCAAAUUUUGUAGAUAAUGAUUAUGAACAAUCUGAAACAGAGAAGGCCUUCUUGAAAAAUGAUGACAGGUGGUUUGAUGGAUAUGUGGAUCAUAGUAUAGUGGAUAGUGAUCCAAAUGUAGAGGAAGAUGAUCACUUAAGAAGUGGGACUACUUUACUUGCAAUUACAAGCACAUAUAGCUCUUCAAGUGAAUAUGAAUCAAUUGCUAAUUUGAGAAGAAAGAAGCAUAGGAUGCCAAAGUAUGAGGACUUCAUACUCGAUACUGCUAUGGCCAACCUAGUCUUUAAAAUGAGGUUAAGGUUUGCUAAUGCUACCAUCUUCAGGAAAGCUGUGAGGAUUUAUUCUGCAAAUCAUGGAAGGGAAUUAACUUUUAAGAAGAAUGAUCCAACAACAAUAAGAGUUGUUUGUCAAGAAGGGUUUCCCUUUGUUUUGCAUGCAAGCACUAUAGCUAGUAGCACCAAGUGA